AGCUUCAAGGCAGCCGGCUGCAGCCGACUGUCGGCGCCGCAUGAAGUCGAGCAUACCUAAUAAUACAUUCUCUACGGACACCGAGAAGUGUCAAAGUCAAAAGGGGUUCUUUUAAAGAUUGAACAACUCUCGGGCCAGAAUGCCGUCAAAAAAUUAAAGCUUUAAGAUGUCUAAGCAAGUUUUUAGUUUUUAUCAUGGGAGAGUGGUGGUGGUCUUUCGGAAGGGGUCACAUGGCUACCUUCUCCAAGAUGCAACUGAGGAAGCCAAGCGUUGGAAGGACCCCUCUGUCUCUCUGAAGGACAAGUCAGCACCCAUAAAGGAGGAACAGAUGAGGGCAAGGGCGUGCUCUUUGGUCUGUGACAGAGGGGGGGAUGUGUCUGACCAAACUGAGGUAUUGGGGGAGUAUACUUUACAGUUUGGAAAGUAUAAGGGGAAAUUGUUCAGAUGGCUCCUUGAGAAUGAUGUGGGGUACACUCUGUACCUCAUUAAACAAUUUGAAAAGGAGCAAACAGCUGGCGUCCCUUUGGAUGGGCCCAGCAGACAGCCUGCGGUCCUUUGUUGGGUAUGCCAAUUCCUUCUAGGAAAUCAAGGCAGUGCUGGAGUACGAGGCCAGGAAGACGGCGGCUGUCAGAUCAGUGGAGGAGGACCAACAGGUCGGCUUUGGCCGCAUGGUUUUGCAGCGUUCGUUCUGUCCCGGACCACCACUCCAGGAACUAGCAUGGACAAACUGAAGCGGUACCUGACCAAGAAGAACCAGGAUGCAUCCAUGUUCUCUCCUCUGCUCGCCUCCAGCCAAGCCGUGGUCAUGGAUGAAGAUGAAGACCUGGAGCAAGCCAUGCUGAACAUCUCCCCCUCCAAGAUGGUCAAGCAGGGCUCUAAUGCCCUGUCUCGGGUGCAUCUUCAUCUCCCAGGAAUAAGAGACCAGCAGGCCAAGGUCUCUUUGCAUAUCAGUUCUUGGGACCAAGACAUGACUCUUGGUCAAUGUUCCUGGCCUUGUUCAAUGUUCAUGCCACGUUCCUGGCCUUGUUCAAUGUUUACGGUGUUCUGCCUUUCAAAACUCCAAUCAUGAAUUUACAUCCUCUCCAUCGUUGAUGGUAAGUGUUUUUUUUCUUAUACUCUGCAUGAUUCCCAUUAUGAAUUUACAAGCUCUGCGUUGAGGGUAAGUGUUAUUUGUCUUAUAUUCUGCAUGAUGACUGCAUGAAUGUGCAUGCCACCGUUUGCAUUGUUUGCUUAACAAGUUUUUGAACAAAAUUAUUUAUUUAGGAUCAAAGCUGUUUGAUAGUUGCUGACAGAUCCAAUUGUGAGAAGUUCUUACAUGCAAACAAAGCACACAUGCAAUUUGCCUCUGUCAGUCUGAAAUAUAUCUUUUACACGGUGAUUAACUUUGUGUCUUAUUUUUCAGGAUAUAAGAAUCCAUCCGCUGCUCAGUCUAAACCGCCUGGUAACAGACUGGACCCCAGCACUGCUCAAGAAAAGAGUAAAUCAGCAGCCACACUCUCCAGACCAGACCAGGGUGAUGGACUCACCUUUUUGUUGCCAGAUCCCCCAGUUCCAGUGAAGGCUCCAGUGCCAGUUCCGCCCGAGUUGCUUGCCCUGGGCCUGUGUACAGAGUCAGCAAACAAUGCUAUCUCAAAAGCCUCUCCCCGACCUGGCUCCUGUGCUGUCUGCAGCCGCCAUGCCACCGCGCUCUGCUCCAUCUCCUGCCACGUCUGCGAGAGGUACGAGGUACUGGUUUGCUGACAAACCCCAGUGGAUGGAAAUGCUGCCACAACUCUUCUGCAACAUCCUGCCAGCAUUCCUCACCCACAAAAAAUCCAUCUGCAAAACAGUAAUGGAUGAGCUAUGUCGCACAGGGAGGUCGGCCACAGACAUGGCAAAUCAGCGGAAUGAGGCUCUGCACCUACGAUACGAGAGGGCACACCUUGCUUAUCUGUUGACUGUGCAGAAUGUGCAAGAUGGUGACUCCGGCCUGUAUGGGCAGAAGACCAUAACAGGCACCAUGCGGAAGGACAACACCCCUGAUCCCUUUGGUACCUACGACUCGACCGAUGGCUGGUGUGGGGUAGCCAUCAGUCCCCGCUACCUAGUAGACUGCCUCGUACAUGAGUACCACCGUAAGGAGAAGACCCUCACUCUUGUCCUGCAAGGCACUUUUGGGCAGGUCAUUCGAGCUGACCACACUCGGAAGGUGGCCCGGAAGGUGGUGCUCUCAUCGGGAACCAUGUCCUCGUACUCCGUGAUGAACGAGAACUGGAUGAUCCUGUCCUGGGUGAUGCUUCAGUCAGAGAGUGACCGGUCGCUGGAACCCAUGUACGAGGGGCUGUCUCAUCGCUACGACUCAGCUGGACUGCCGAAGGCAAAGUACCAGUGGGUGGACAGGGACUGCUGUGCUGAUUUCCGGAUCCCAAACCUUGACCCCCAGGAGCACCUCCACUGGGAUUCAUGGAAAACCACGGAAGCUUUAGUGACGGAGGCAACAUCUGGGAACCUGACUAACUCAUGUGCCUCCCGGGGAAAGUACAGCAGCGACAUCACUGUCAAACUGGACCUUUUCCAUUGCAUGCGGCGGUUCUCCAGGGAGUGCGUGUCAGAGCACCAUACACUCCACAGCACUUUCUGCCGGUUCCUCAGUGCCGCAUUUUGUGUGGUGGACCAGACCGACCUGCAGAGGCUGACGGAGGCAUACGCCUUCUGUGGGAUCAGGCCUGCCAAUCCCACAAAGCAGCAUAUCCGGGAACACUGCCGGACCAAGGUACCACAACCUACAGAGCUGCUGGAGAGAGUGGAGAGCGUCCUCAAGCAGUUCUUCCUAGAGACAGAUCCCAAUGGUGUCUACCUCUUCAAGCCGUCCAUGCUGAAGCUGUGGAGACUACAGAGGGUGCACAUCCUGCCACAGAGACACAGGGGAGAGAUUUGGCCUGCAGUAUGUGGAGCCAGGCUGUCACCCUGUGCCUCUGGACUGGUUCAAGAACACGUCCCAGGAGGCUGA